UUUCGCAUUACAGGCAUUUGUGGAAAUUGAACAAGGUGGCAACCAGUCCUGUCUAGAAGCAACCAAAUAUAACCUGGAACCGUUAUGCACACACCCUUGGGGGCGUUUUCAAUGGCUGAGGAACCCAGGCCCCCAGCACGAGAAACGGACUCUCUUUGGAGACGUGGUGUGCUUCUUGUUUAUCACUCCCCUGGCAACCAUCUCUGGCUGGUUGUGUCUACGAGGAGCAGUGGACCAUCUGCACUUUAGUAGUAGGCUAGAAGCUGUUGGCCUCAUUGCGCUCACUGUCGCACUCUUCACUAUUUACCUCUUUUGGACCCUAGUAUCCUUUAGGUAUCACUGUAGAUUAUACUAUGAAUGGCGGCGGACCAAUCAGCGGGUGAUACUCCUAAUCCCAAAGUCUGUCAACAUCCCCACCAACCAGCAGUCCCUGCUGGGCCUGCAGUCCCUCAAAAGGAACUCAAAGGAGACAAUUGUUUGA